AAAUAUGUCAAAAAUUUUUAAGUAAGGAUGUAACUAAUGUGAAAUGUUGCGUAAGUCAGUUUCAUCAGAACUGUUUAGAUGAAUGGUUUACAAAAAAAGGAUAUGAAUGUCCUAAUUGUAAUAAACAUUUCAAAACAGGUGUUCAAUUAUACAAAGAGAAAAUACCAAAUGAAUGGAGAAAUAGUAUUGUGGUGCCGAUAUUUAAAGAAUGUAAAAUGUGUCAAAAAUUUUUAAGUAAGGAUGUAACUAAUGUGAAAUGUUGCGAAAGUCAGUUUCAUCAGAAUUGUUUAGAUGAAUGGUUUACAAAAAAAGGAUAUGAAUGUCCUAAUUGUAAUAAACAUUUCAAAACAGAAUGUAAAAUAUGUUAUACAUAUUUAAGUGCGGAUGUGACUGAAGUAAAGUGUUGCAACACUAAGUUACACCAGGAAUGUUUAGAUAGACGUUUAAAAUAUUGUAUUAUGUGUCUUGAAUGUAAUAAAGAUUUAAUAUCUGAAUCACUUGUCUGUUCUAAAUGCAAAAGAGUGAAAAAAGUCAAUGGAGAAAAUAUGGUACUAUUGAAAUGUUGUGGUAUCUAUGUAUGUAAAGAUUGUAUCUAUAUUACAAUGAAAGGUAGAUGUUUUUGCGGAGAAAACUUAGUAGAAGCAAAAGUCGUCUGCUCAAAUUGUAAAUACAUAAGAAAUGGCGAUGAUGGGAAUUUGAUAAUAAUGAAUUGUUGUGGAAAAAAAUUAUGUGAAUUUUGUAUCAAACAUUACAUGAAAACUAGUUGUUCGUGCGGAGAAGACUUAGUGAAAGGUAUUCCUUUCAAUGACGUCCGAAUAUGUACAGAAUGUGAAAAGAAUACUGGAGUAUAUAGUUUUUCCCCUCGUUGUCCACACAUAUUUUGUGAGGGUUGCUUUACAUCCACAAAAAAUAAAUAUUUUGGCAAAUGUAAAUAUUGUGGGGAAAGUGAACCGAAUAAGUCUUCAAAAUCAUUCAUCAAAAUGCUAUUGAAAUAUAAUAAAAUAAAAAAAUAGCUCACUUUUUGAAAUGUUCUAGAUAUUUUGAAUUAUUAAAUAAUUAUAUAACCUAAUAUUUUUGAAAUUAAAUUUUAUAGUUAUUAAUUAUCUCUUAGCUCAAAAGUAAUAACUUAUUUUUAUAAAGUGCAAUUAUCAAAUUGAUUUACUGAGCUAAAAUAAACAAAACAUUUUUGCAAAUCAAAGUGUAUGUAAGUAUGACACGAGAGAAAGUAUUGGUAAAUAUGACACGGUAUCAAGCCCUGCUUUAGGCGGGUGCUCACUCGUGUCUCUCUCUAUAUCUGCUCUCCAGUUAUUAACAUGACUGGUGGUUAUUGUACAUUUCUAUGCAUUAUUAACCGAGCCAAGGCCGCCACUGAUUGUGUAUUACUAAUUAUUCGUUCUGUUUUGUUCGGACGAUCAUACGAGCUGUGUUACGUCGUCGAUUUUUUUAUACAGGAUGUUCAGUAAGUCAGGAAACGGGUAUCUAUUGUUCUCAU